CAAUUGCAGCUGCAGGAGCAGCGGCAGGAGGAGCAGGUCCGGAGCCCCGGCUGCAGCGUCCGGAGGCGGCCCCAGCCUCGGAGGGCUCGGGGAGCGGGCCGGGGCAGCGGGCCGACCCAUCGCGGCCGAAGGGAUGCCGGGGCCCGGGGAGCAGGACGGGGAGCGGCGGCCGGGAGGGAGCCCGGCCUCGCCCUUCGCCCUCCACGCCACCCCCGAAGCCGAGGCGAAGGAGGUGGAGGCGACCAUAGAAGAGAUGCUAAUCAGGCUGGAUGAGUUCUGCGGCCUAACUGACCUGAUCCGAAGAGACACGUCGCAGAUCCUGGACGAACACAUUCCGCUCAUUAAGACCAAAGUGACGGAAAUGAAUGGCAUCUACACCAAAGUGGAUAAAUUAGAGGCGUUUGUCAAAAUGGUGGGACACCACGUCUCCUUCCUGGAGGCACAAGUGCUUCGAGCCGAGAAGGAUCAUGGGACGUUCCCUCGGGCCGUGCGCAAGUGGCUGCAGUUGGCCAACUUCCCACCCUUCCGAAGUAAGCCGUCGCCACCAACCCAGCCAACCUACGAACUUCCGACGCUCUACAGAACCGAAGACUAUUUCCCUAUGAAUUAUGAAGGGCCAAGGAGGAGGGCACUGGCACUGAAAAUGUGAAAUCACCAGCCCUACCUGGGCCUGGAGUCCAGCCAGGAAGAGCUCUCACCUCCGGCGACUGGAGGCGAGCUGGGGGAAACGACGAAUGAAUGAAUGAAUAUCCAUUUUGUAGAUGAGAAAAAGGAAGGCACGAGAAGCUAAGUGACUUGCCCAAGGUCACACCCACAGGCAAGUUCCUCAUCAAGAUCACGACAUUAGGAUCACCCCGGCGGGAGGGGGAAAAAUGGGAUCUGUGUUUCUGCAGAUCGCAAGGAAGUUCUUAAAGCAUUUCCCUGAAA